GGCUAUGGCGCGGCGCGCUGAAGACAGCCUCCCUGUACCAGCCAGCCCCAUGACGUAUUCGUGUCCAAUUCUGCGUCCUUCGGCAAGCACAUUCAGAGAUCAGCACCACGCACCUUUGGGAGGCAUACGGAAGGACAUGCCUGUCUCCCAUGCAUGCAAGCCUCCUCUCCGGUCGGAUAUGUGGCCUGUAGACGGUCAGUCUGUGGUAGGCAGCGGCAGCAGCAUGCUUGCCUCCCCUGUGGUGAUGAAUCAUGUCAAUUCGCAGCUGGGAGGCAUACGAAGUGUACACGUGAAUCCGCACAAUGGAAGCGCCAUCGCUGCUGCAAGUCCUGACGUGACCGGGCAAUCACAGUACUGGGCAUGCUCGUUGCCCCUUCACAACGACUGUGUUGGGCCAGCUGAGCGGGGAACAACAUCGGACGUCCAUCAAGAGAUAUUGUCGCCGUUUGGAUCGUUGCCAACGUCGUCUUCCGCUUUGUCGCAAGCAGUGUGCAAUCCGGCGUCAUCUGGUGGUGUCGCAGUGGCGGGGGAAGGAGUCUCCCUGCCCGUCAACAAUGGAGGUGAUAAUCGUGAUCCUGCACCGCCACACAAUUCAGAAGAUCUCGACAUGCAUGGUGGCGACCCUGACAUGCACUGUGGUGAGGGCAAUGUCUUUCCACAGAGUGUGACGGGUGAUAGGCAUCCAGGCUGCCCUCCUGUGCCAGCAGGCAGUGGUUUGGACGCGAAUGGAGUGCAGCCUGUGCAGGUCAACAGGCAAGCAGGUCGUGACCAUCCUCCGCCUGCCGGGACUGUGGGUGAGGCAGCGGCGGCCACGGGGACCGAUAAUGCAUCUGCUCGUGGCAAGAGGGUUACGGGUGGUCGUUGGGGAGAAGAUGAGACAACUGUCCUGUUGAAGGCGAAGUCAGAGCAGUUGGCAGCAAGAGCGCUUGAUUCAGAGGGUCGGGGGAAAGGGAAGGAAGCCGGGAAGGUAUGGGAAGCCAUUUCAGCACAGUUGAAAGCGUCGAAUUGGAAAAGAGAAGCGGAUGACUGCAAAAGAAGAUGGAAUACGGUCAAGAGGUGGUACACUCAAGUUGUGGACAACGACACAAGGAGCGGUCGACAAAGUUAUUGGACAAUGACUCCGAAAGAAAGGGCUGCCGCCAAGCUCGAGUUUAACAUGAGGAAGACAUGGUUUGAUAUCCUCCAAUCCUACAACACCAGGAACCAAACGGUUUACCCCGACCGUGUGGUGGACACGGGGGAGGAGGAGGAAGUUGGUCAUAACCCAGCCCCUCAGCGUCAGGAGGGAGAAAACAAUGGUGAGGCUGAAUAUGGUAGCAUGGGGGGUUCUGUCAGCGAGGGUUCAAACCUUACCUCUGCUACUGGUUCCACCCCUCCCAACAGGAGGAGGAGGAACAUGAACGCUAGGGAACAAAGCCUGCAGAUUGUUUGUACCGCCAUGACGAACAACACAAAUGCAGUUCGUGAGGCAGCUGCAGAGCAGGGCAGAAUGAACAGGUCCUGCGCAGAGCUCCACUGCGGCACACUAACAGAGCUCUCCGCUCGCGAACUUGCUACUCAGAGAGAGUUGGCGGAGCUGACGCGGGAGAUUAUGCGGGAGGAGAUGGCAUCGCGUGAGAGAACGGCAGAUACAUUUGCCAACAAGAUGGGUGAUGGCUAUGCACUGCUGGCGAGUGCGCUGCGCUGUUUCGGUGAAGCAAGUUCCAGCAGGCGACGUCGACGUCAGUCAUCAUCCGACGAGUCAUUUUCGGCAUCUCAAGAAUUCACAGUAGUCGUGACUGCCAUCAUAGCGAGGUACGAUCAGAUGGAAACGCAAUACACGUUUGCAUGCAUGGAAAUUGCACGGCUGUCUGAUGAGAAUGCGAAGCUCACAGUUGACAAGCAGCGCCUUGUGCGUGGGGUGCACUGCUUGGCACGACAGCGAGAUCAAGCACGUGCAGAGGCAAAGAGGUUUAGACAAGCAGCGGGCAUGGAGGCAGACUUAUCGGCAGAACUGGAGGGAAUGCAGAUUCGGCACGAAGAGAUGCUGUCUUCGUCACUUAUUCACGCUUCGCCCGUAGGGGACACCGCCGGUUGUAGCAUGCAACGCCGGUGCCGAUCGAGGGAUCGGGGGGUCGAUUCAGGGGAUUCGGACGUGUCAUCUGGGUAUCUCGAUGUUGGGGAAGACGUCUAACACGGAGAUGAGCGGUGUGAGCACAUGUCCGACAACGCGCUGUGUUGAUCACGUAUGAUGGGGCUUAUUGAUG